UCCGAGUAUAGAGCUGAACAAAAUAUAAAUAAAGCAUUACAAAUUCCGAUAAACCCAGUUACGACGCCAAAUUGCACUUCGAUCAGUUGAUAUUUGAGAUAUAGGAUCAUUUGAAAUGGGUUCCAAUUUCUCCACAAUGCACACCAAGUGUAUGGGAUGUGAGCGAAGUCGCCCUGACUUCGACCGGCGGUACGAUUGCAGUGAGUGCGGGUCAAAGGUCAUGCACUGCGACUACUGUCUUGAUGAGGGCCGGUCCAUUCCUGACAAAUUCUCCAACGGCGAGGAGCUGCUGAACGGCGGCGAUGCUUCGAAGAACUACAACUGCGCCGUCUGCGGGAGAAAGGAUUUCAGCGCCGAGGAGCUGAAGUUGCACCUGCCUGAGGAUACGUUGGUGGAUAUGCAGGAGAAGAUGAGGAAGGAAGAUUUAGAGAACAGAAUUGCCACAGAGAUUCGCUGCCAGGAGAAGUCCCGCGGGGGGCUGAGCUAUGAGGUCAUCCUGGCCGAGCCGGCACCCAAUGUGGCCGUUCCAAAGCGGCCGGUCACCCCCGGCAAGAAUGUUAGCGUCGAGGAGAUUGAGCAGAAACUUAAGGCGGCCGAGGAACGUCGUAUUUCUCUAGAAGCCAAGAAGAUGGCCGACAUCUCCAACAAGCUGGCUAAGGUCGAGGAGGCGACUCGCAAGAAGGAUGAGAUCACCAAUGAGUUUAUUACUCAGACCAAGGAGCAGCUGGAGUCGAAAAUGGAGCUGCAUGUGGAGAAGCGAGAGGCCAUCAUCAGUGACAUGAAGGAGAAGCUAAAGAUUCAUGCCCAGGAGAUCGAGAAGACGCGUGAGACUCUUGAGCAGCAGAAGGCCAACGAGCAGAAGGCCAUCGAGGAAAAGUUGAAGAUUGCCCAGUCUCUUCGUGAUGAGAAUAUCAAGAAAAUGUUGGAUCGCCUAAAGGAGCAUAACACAAUCAAAAUUGCCGAAAUCAAAUCGCAGAACGAUCAAUUGGAAUGUCAAAAGCUCGAGGAGAAAGCGCGCAUUUAUGAGAACAAAUUGUUCGCCGCCGAGCAGAAUCGCGAAAAGGAAUUGCAAAAAAAAAUUGAAAAAGUUCAAAAACUCGAACGCCGUGCCGAGCUGGUGCGCCAAAACAAGGCACAGACCCAGGAUUUGGAUGGUCAGCAGAGCGCCAUUGCCUCAUCCGGCUAAGUAGGCCGUUCUUGGAUCGUGAGCUGUGCUCACCCACUGCAAACGAAAGGCGACUACAAAAAAGAACAGCAACACUGCAUAAUACACCAACACAUAUUUAAGCAAGAAAACCCUUAAAACUGAAACCGAUUUCUCAAAAUUUCCAAGUAUUAUGAAAGCAAACGAAGGGCUAGGAGGAGGAGGGCAAAGUCUCAAGAUACCGCUGAGCGAGUUGAGCCGUUUAAGAACAAAACAUUUUCUCACGAGCUCUAUAAUGAAACACUUACACGAAUAAGCUACGAUAAAGCGAAAAGAAAUGAAUGCUUACGGCAAAUUAAUACAAAAAACAAUUAGUAAAGGAAAUCUACAUUUAAACUUAAAAGCCCAGGCAAAAAAGAGCCUAUGCAAGUUGAAUGCCUGUCAUUUAACAUUUAAAAUUUUAAAUUCUUUUAAAAGUUCACGUUCAUUUCAGUUGAAAGUUUAAAACUUUUUAUCCUUAGUUUCGAAAAUGUUUUACUAGUUUUGGAUGCAUCAUUUUCAAAGUCUUAGUCUUAAAUGUUCAAGUUAUUUUUUUUAUUAAAUUGCUGUGGCAUCGACUGAGGUAUUCUCAAAAUAAUAAUAGCACGCUGUAUUUGCAUCUAUGAAAGGCUUUCGCGAGUAAAAAUUUGAAAAAUGUUUUUAAUUAAUUUAAUGUAUACUUUAGUGUUAAUUUUAAUUUACUAACUUGCAACAACAAGAUACAUAUACUUGCUGAAUAUAGUUUUACACUAACGAAUAAUUUGUUUUUAUAAGUUUCGCAUUUUCUAUCUAUAAAAUAAAUGUCUAACAGAAAAAAUACAUAAGAAAUGCUUAUACAAUUCAAUAAAAUCAAAUACCAUGUAAAACACACGAAACGCAUUUUUGUUUUAUUUACAUACAACACAAACACUAAACAAGCUGAUAUAGACAUUAAUAUAAAAGAAAAGAUACUAACAUACAUAUAAGCAUACAUUAAUGUGUGUAAUAUUAUAUGGAAAUGCAUAUUUUGUCUAACGUCGGGUUAUUUUUAGAAAUGGGUUUAAGAUGAGUGAAUGUGGGGGUUAUAAUAAAGAAAAAGUAUUUAGGGCAAACCAAAUGGAAUAUUUAGGAAAAUUUUUUCCAAAACCUGCGAGUUAUUUCUAAUUUUGCACCAAAGGGCGCUUUAAAGAUUAGCUUAAAUUUAAAUCUUAUAUAUCGUUAUAUAUGUAUCGUGUACUCGUGUAAAACUAUGGCUUCUACAAAUGAAUAUCAAUAACAUAAAUCUCUUAAUACAAAUUGCAUUGGCAAAGCAACUUACACGCACAGGACACCAAAUUACCCAGACACGAAAACUUUCAAGCAUACUCAAGAAACAAACAAAAAAAAAACAAAUACAAAGAAAAUAUAAACGUAAAGCAUCAAUACAAUUGAUGCAAAUGCUUUGAUAUUUACUCAAUUUAUGAUAUAUUAAUGUCUAAUCCAAUGCAAUAAUCAGCCGAAACAUUUUUGAGUAUUGAAUG